AUGGCUUUAACUUCUCUAUAUAAGAAAAUAAUAAACUUAGGAUUAACUAUAAAAAGUGGGCCCAUUAGAUUGAGCGUUAGAAAAUAUGAGAUACCCGAUCAUUUGAAGAAUAUUAUAGACGACCCUAACCCGAGCUUCUACAGAAUGGUAGAAUACUAUUACCAUUUCGCCGUGAAGGUUUGUGAGCCGACGUUGGUGGAGUAUUUAAAGAAACAUACGCAUUUUUCGGAUAAGAAGCGACAACAGAGAGUGGCUGGCAUUCUUAAAGUAAUGGGAUCCUGCAACAGUUCGUUACAAUUCGAGUUCCCGUUGCAACGAAAGAACGGGGACUACGAGAUAGUUCUCGCUUACCGCUCGCAGCAUAGCGUUCAUCGGUUACCUUGUAAGGGAGGAAUUAGAUUUUCAGACCAAGUAGAUUUAGAAGAAGUGAAGGCCCUCGCCGCUCUCAUGACGUACAAGUGUGCCUGCUCGAACAUUCCGUUUGGAGGAGCUAAGGGAGGUGUCGCUAUAAAUCCCAAAAAAUAUACAGUAGCAGAGUUACAAAGGAUAACUCGGCGAUACACUCUAGAAUUAGCUAAGAAGAAUUACAUAGGAGCUGGAAUAGACGUCCCAGCACCAGAUGUCAACACAUCGGGAAGAGAAAUGUCGUGGAUUGUGGACACCUAUAUUAAAACUUUGGGUUACAACGACCUGAACGCGGCGGCGUGCGUCACGGGCAAGCCGAUCAACGGCGGCGGCAUCCACGGCCGCGUGGAGGCGACCGGCCGCGGCGUCUUCAUCACCACCAGCGAGUUCAUACACGACAAGCAGUGGUGCGACCUCAUCGGCCUCGAGCCGGGGUUUAAGGGUAAAACAGCGAUCAUACAAGGAUAUGGCAACGUGGGGAGUUGGACCGCCGUGUACUUACAGGACAGUGGUGUUAAGAUCAUCGGCGUGGUUGAGUUCGACUGCUGCCUUAAGAACAAUGAAGGCAUUCAGAGCAUGGAGUUGAUGGACUACAAAGCGAAGAACAAAGGCAGCGUGAAAGGCUUCCCCGGCGCGCAGGAGUGCGGGCCCGAGCUCAUGUACGAGAAGUGCGACAUCCUGGUCGUCGCCGCGCUCGAGAAGACGAUCACUUCGGAAAACGCGAGCAAAUUUAACUGUAAGAUAAUAUCGGAGGGCGCGAACGGGCCCACGACGCCGGGCGCGGACGCGGCGCUGCGCCGCAAGCGCAUCCUGUGCCUGCCCGACCUGCUGACCAACGCGGGCGGCGUCACCGUCUCCUACUUCGAGUUCCUCAAGAACCUCAACCACGUGAGCUUCGGCAAGCUGUCCAUCAAAUUCUGGAGGGACUCUAAUACGGCGUUGCUGGAUUCCGUGGAGCAAUCCCUGAAGACGUCGAACAUAGACGCGAAGAUCCGGCCCACGGAGCUGUUCCAGUCGCUGAUGUCGGGCGCCAGCGAGAAGCACAUCGUCACCUCCGGCCUCGAGUACUCUAUGAUAAACGCUUGCAAUAACGUGAAAAAAGCGGCAUCGAAACACAACUUGGGGCUCGACGUGCGCACGGCGGCCUACGUCACGGCCAUCGAGAAGAUCUUUGUCACAUACGACGAACAUGGGCUCGCUUUUUAAAUAUAACAGAAA